AUGAUGCUCUCAGCUGUCCGCCUGCCCACCCCUCCUCCCCAAGACACCUACCCAUCAUCAUUCAACCCCCGCAAGCGCUCCCCCCCAUCCCGCUCACCCUCCCCAGUCCGUCGUCGUUCACCACCGCGAAAUGGAUUCGGUGGAGGCUCCUUCCUAAAAGAUCCCAGCUCAAAGAAUGCCGAUGAGCGCGUGCGCCAUCUCACAGAGCGUCUGCGCCAGCGUGCUGCAGAGCCUGUGGAUUCGAAACCCCUUACCGCCGAGGACAAGCAAGAGCUCGCGAAGAAGGAAUACAAUAAGCUACUGAGUGCCCGCUCUGGAGGGACCUAUGUGCCGCCUGCGCGGCUACGGGCGUUGCAGAGUCAGGUUACGGAUAAGGCUAGUAAAGAGUACCAGCGUAUGGCGUGGGAGGCGCUGAAGAAGAGUAUCAAUGGACUCGUCAAUAAGGUUAAUGUUGGCAAUAUCAAGAACAUUGUGCCAGAGCUCUUCGGAGAAAACCUUAUACGAGGAAAAGGGUUGUUUUGCAGAAGUAUCCAACGCUCCCAGGCCCAGGCUCUUCCAUUUUCUCCGGUGUACGCGGCAAUGGUAGCUAUAGUCAACACAAAGCUUCCUCAGGUUGGUGAGCUGCUAGUGAAACGUCUAGUCGUACAGUUUAAGAAAGCUUUCAAAAGGAACGACAAGCCGGUCUUGCGAGCUUCGACAACUUUUUUGGCCCAGCUCACAAAUGUACAGGUCUGCCACGAGAUGAUAGCGGCACAGAUCCUUUUAUUGUUGCUUCACCAUCCAACAGACGACUCAGUGGAGAUUGCAGUCAGUUUGACUCAGGAAUGCGGUCAGCAUCUUGAAGAAAUGAAUCCUGCAAUUGCCAAUGCAAUAUUUGACCAGUUCCGGCAUAUAUUGAAUGACUCAGACAUUGAGAACCGCACGCAAUUUAUGAUAGAGGUCCUGUUCCAGAUUCGCAAGGACAAAUACAAGGACAACGUCAGCAUUCCCGAGGACCUAGACCUAGUGGAGGAGGAAGAUCAAAUCACUCAUCGAAUCGGUCUAGAUGAUGAAUUGGAUGUCGAGGACGGCCUCAACAUCUUCAAAUACGACGCUGAAUUUGAAGAACAUGAAGAAGCUUAUAGGAAGCUCAAAUCCGAAAUUCUUGGGGAAGCCGAUGGCGAAGACGAUGGGGACGAGUAUGAAAGCGGUUCUGGCUCCGAGAGCGGCCCGGAGGAAACCGCAGAACGAGAGUUGGAAAUCAAAGAUCAGACAAAUACGGACCUAGUCAACCUGCGCAGGACGAUCUAUUUGACAAUCAUGAGCUCCAUUGACUUUGAGGAAGCCUGUCAUAAGCUCAUGAAGAUUAACCUACCCCCAGGGCAAGAAUCCGAGCUUCCGAGCAUGAUCGUGGAAUGCUGCAGUCAGGAGAAAACCUACUCUAAGUUCUUCGGUCUUCUGGGGGAACGAUUUGCGAAGCUCAAUCGCCUUUGGGCCACUGAGUUCGAGGCAAGCUUUGAACAUUAUUUCAGCACAAUUCAUCGCUUCGAGACCAAUAGACUUCGCAACAUCGCUCGAUUUUGGGGCCACAUGCUCUCGAGCGACGCGACUGGAUGGCAUGUGCUGUCCAUAAUUCAUCUGAACGAAGAAGAAACCACUAGCAGUAGUCGCAUAUUCAUCAAGAUUCUGAUUCAAGAUCUGGCUGAAGCUCUCGGCAUGGCAAAACUCCAGACCCGCCUCAAGGAUCCUCUCCAACGCCCUUACUUCGAAGGCUUGUUUCCGCUGGACAAUCCUCGCGACACACGUUUCUCCAUCAAUUACUUUACUAGCAUUGGGAUGGGCGGACUGACAGAGGAGAUGAGAGACCAUCUGAAGAAUGCUCCUAAGCCUGCCGCGGUGAUAGUGCCUCCAGACCCAGAGUCAGACUCAGAGAGCUCACACGGCGCCGUCAAUUCUCCCCAAGCCGCUCUCAAACACCUCCACGGAGGGACUCUGGUAGGGGUAGAGAGCGACGAACACCGCCUAGACGUGGCGCUGGCCGAGCAAGAUCGAUUACACCUUCCGAUAUUUCUCGUUCACCUUCGCUCCGAAGAGAACGCAGGAGGCGAAGCCCGUCGUACUCAUCUCGCAGCCGCACACCACCUCCUAGAUCAGAUCGUCGCCGUAGAAGUUACAGUUGAAGAGCCGAGAAUGAAUGAUCGUCAGGGGUUUUCUGGUUCGAGGCUUGUGGGGAUACAUGGGAAUUGA